AACAGAACAUGACACUUUGCCAAUCCCCAAAGAAGUUAAUUAAAGUGUUCAAUUGCAUUUAUUUCUCUUUAACUUCUAACACUAUGCAAGGCCAAAUAUUCCACCACCUAUAAUUAAACAUUUCCCUCUUCUAUUCACAUCACAAUUGUUUGUUGCAAUGUUGUGUUUGCUACUGUUCAUGUUUCUUCUCCCUCUCAGAGCGGAAUCAACACCGUGCCAAACCAUGUCAUGCGGCAAAAUCAAAAUUCAGUUUCCAUUUGGUUUGAAACAAACACAAACGCAAACGGAAAGUUCUGGUCGCUGCAGCUACCCGAGAUUCCAACUUUCCUGCGACAACCGAAACCGAACCAUUCUGAGCCUCCCAGGUUCCGGCGAUUUGGUGGUGAAAAGCAUAAACUACAAGUCCCAAACCGUUAAGGUGAACGACCCCGAAGGUUGUCUCCCGAAACGUUUCUUGCACAACUUGAGCCUUUCUCUGCACCCACCGUUCACGUUUGAGGCAACCGUUUACGACCUAACCUUCCUUCGUUGUCCUUCCAACACAACACACUCCGUUCCAUCCCCGCCAAUUUCAUGUCUCGGUUCCAAUUCCUCCUCCUCCGUCACAUUCUCGUGGUGGCCUCUCAGCGGCACGCCACCGUGGAGUCACGAGUGCGAGGUGAUAUCCUCGGCUUUUGUUCCCAUUCCAAAUCCCGACACGACAUCGUUUUUCUUGCCCGAUCUCAACAAGGAUGUCGUGUUGAAGUGGAACGAACCCGCGUGUGGGGACUGUGCUGGUCGCGGCCAGGUUUGUGGGUUCACCGAUGACACCAACACUUUACAAGUUGGAUGCUUCUUCUCUGCUCCGAACCAAAACCAAGGUCUGUCAAGAAGCGCAAAAUAUGGCUUAACGAUCGGAGUGGGAAUACCUGGACUCCUAUGUUUAACUGGGCUUUGCUGCUUUAUGUGUAGUAAAUUCGAUGUGUACACACAUGGCCACCGGGCCAGGCCCAGUACAGAGUUUCCAAACUCUACUACCACUCUUCCACACUCCUCUUCCACAAUGGGCCUUAAUGGGCCGGAAAUUGAAAAAUUCCCGAAGACUCUAAUCGGUGACAGUGGGCGCUUACCGAAUUGGAACGAUAACACGUGUCCAAUAUGUCUCUCCGAAUACGAGCCCAAGGAGACUCUGAGAACCAUUCCUGCGUGUAACCAUUAUUUUCAUGCACACUGCAUAGAUGAGUGGCUGAAAAUGAAUGCCACGUGUCCCUUGUGCAGAAAUUCACCACAUCCAUCUUCCACACUUACUCCUUCUUCUUCUUCAACAUCUACCUAUUCCUCUUUGCCAUAGAUAAUCCAACGCCACGUGUCAUGGAGAGAGUCUUCACAUGCUAUCUUUACUGUCAUAUACAAUUUUUUUUCCUUUAAUUUGAAUACAUUUUAUACAAAAA